AUGUCCGACUCUAUGGCUUCAAUCCCUGCCCCAAUCUCCGAUCCUCCUCCACCCACCGCCCUGGCUAGUGAGUUAUUUUCGGCUCUCGAUUUGCAAGACAUGCAGAACUCGCUCUGUCAAGUUUCGCCACUGUCAGAUCGCGAGCCCCCAGCUAGAACGAACUCUGGUCCUGCACAGCUGGGGACCUCGCGUUGUCGUGACUCGUACGCCUUGGCGAGAAGCACUGCCUCCAAUAGCCAUAAGCCAGAGUCAGAUGAUCCGAUACUUUGCAUAGCUCAAAACCGUUCGACCGACCCGCCCUGUGGUAGUGUCUCCAUUUCAAUGUUCAUCGCUGUGGAUAGAUAG